UAAUAAUCCAUCAUCCGUUCCAUCCAUACUGAUAGUCCGAUCUACACCGACCUCUCCACUUCAGUCUGGUUGGCCAUUGCUGCCCAGAAGGCCAGAACCGAGUACUUUUAAACACCACCGAUUGUACAUGUGGGCUACCUAGCUAGCCAUCUUGAGGAAACACCACAAACAAGCGCGCUCGAUCACGUCGACCAUGGCCAAGAAGAAGCUGUCCCAGAGGCUCUUCUCCACCUUGCUCUCCCUCCUCAUCCACGGCUGGCCAAGGCUCUCCACCACCACCAGCAACAAGGCCAGCACCGCAACCACAUUCCCUAAUUCCUCCCUGCUGCAGCACCAGCACCAGUACCCUCCCAUGGCGGACAAGCUCGCCUCGGCGCGAACCCUGGUGGUCGACGUCGACGGCGGCCUAUUCCUCCGCUCCUCGUCAUCCCCUUCCUCCCUCUUCCCUUACUUCAUGCUCGUGGCUCUCGAGGCAGGAGGGUUCCUCCGCGGCGCUGCGCUGCUCCUCCUCUACCCUCUGCUCUGCUGCGUGGGCGGCGAGCUGGCGCUGAGGGCCAUGGCCAUGGCGGCCUUCUGCGGCCUCCGGGCCAGCCGGUUCCGCGCCGGCCGCGCCGUGCUGCCCAAGUGGUUCAUGGAGGACGUGGCCAUCGAAGGGUUUGAGGCCAUGAGGGGCGCCGGCAGGAGGGUGUGCGUCACGAGGAUGCCCAGGGUCAUGGUGGAAGGCUUCCUCAGGGAGUAUCUCGGGGCGGAGGUGGUUGUCGGGAGGGAGAUGAAGGUGCUGUGGGGGUUCUACACUGGUCUCAUGAAGGAGGAGGGAGAUGAUCGGGUGGUGUUGGAGGAGGAGAAGAAGAUUAUCGUGGACGGUGCUGAUGCUGUGGGCUUCUCUGGUUCCUUGGAGUUUCUUCAGCAUCCUCUCUCACGUUGUUGCAAGGAGAUCUACGUGGUGAGACGGGAGGCAAGGGCCAAGUGGCGGCCGCUACCUCGGGGCAAGUACCCGAAGCCCAUGGUGUUCCACGACGGCCGCCUCGCGUUCCGCCCCACGGCCGGCAGCACGCUGGCCAUGUUCAUGUGGCUGCCCCUGGGCGUCUUCCUCUGCGCCGCACGACUCCUCUUCGCGCUCACCCUGCCCUACAAGCACCUCACCCUCGUCCUCGCCUUCACCGGCAUGUCCUGGCGCCUCAAGGGCGAGAAGCCGCGUUCGAAUUCCCCCGGCUCCCGCAGCCGGGGCCAGCUCUUCGUGUGCAACCACCGCACGCUCAUCGACCCGGUGUACGUCUCGAUCGCGCUGGACCGGCAAGUCCGCGCCGUGUCCUACAGCCUCAGUCGGCUCUCGGACCUCAUCUCCCCGAUCGGGCGCACCGUGAGGCUGACACGUGACCGGGUCAGCGACGGGCGCGCCAUGGCAAGGCUCCUUGACAGCGGUGACCUGGUCGUGGUGUGCCCCGAGGGCACCACGUGCCGGGAGCCUUACCUGCUCCGCUUCAGCCCGCUGUUCGCCGAGCUCAGCGACGACGUCGUGCCCGUCGGGGUCGCCGUCGAGGCGGCCACGUUCUACGCCACCACGGCGGCCGGGUUCAAGUGCCUCGACGCGCUCUACUACAUGGUCAACCCCAGAAUGUGCUACACGGUGCAGUUCCUGGAACCCGUAAGCACCGGCAGAGGGGGGGACGGUGGUGAUGGCCUACCGGUGCUGCGCAGCACCGACGUGGCCAACCUCGUGCAGAGCAAGAUCGGGGACGCGCUCGGGUACACCUGCACCAUGCUGUCCAGGAAGGACAAGUACCGGAUGCUCGUCGGCAACGACGGGGCCGUCGUCAGAGCCGCCGCCGACAAGUGUUCUGCCCCUGCCCCUGCCCCUGCCCCUGCUUCUGCAGGGUGGAAGAAUACAUGUAGUAACUGAUUAUAUUAGUUUGUUCUAGCUAGGCAUUUCUAGUUUUUUUUGUUGUUGUUGUUAUCCUGCGCUCCUAGUUUAAUUUGCUGUGUUUUAAGUAUUUUAUUUUUCAUUCAGCUUCCCCCAUUUUGUAUGGAGUUGUCCUAAACUGGAAGCCUGUAAAUGAGGGAUGACUUGCAACUUGUAAACACUACAUCGUGCAUGUGUUAAUUAACACCAUAUGAGGUGUCAGUUUCCCCCUUUUUACCUCA